AUGAAUAUCCCUCUCCCCAUCCACUCAUCACCGAGUCUGCGGAAUCGUGAAAGCAGAGACUAUCACAUCAAAAACAACACCUCCAUCAGCAGCACUCAAAGAACACCGCCACCGGCGGCCGAGGCUAUCAAUGGCCCGGUUAGGGAGGCGGCCAGAGGGUCAGCGGUUAUCAACGACAGGUUAAUCGUUGGUGUCGACUUUGGAACUACAUUCUCAGGAGUAGCAGCAGUCUACACCGGCACCCCAGACGACAUAGAAAUCAUCAAAACCUGGCCGGGCGGCAACGGCAUCACCUCAGACAAGGUGCCCACCGAACUAUCCUACGACCUCCCUCCCAACUCACCCCCAGGCACCGCCCCAACGAUAAAAUGGGGGUUCCAGUUCAAACCAGAAGAGUCCCGCCUCCGGUGCAUCAAGCUCUUUCUCGACCGCUCCCAGAAAUUACCAUACUAUGUCUCACCCCUCGAAACCGCCGCCCAGCUUAAGAAGUUCAAGAAGACGGUCGCCGACGCCGUGAGUGAUUACCUAACGCAGCUAUACAAACACACAAUGGACACCCUCACACGAAGAUACGGCGAGACGUUUAUGGCCUCGACAAAGGUCAGUUUUGUUCUCACCUGCCCGGCGGUCUGGUCAGAUGCUGCGAAGAACACUACUUUGCAGGCGGCGGAGAGGGCCGGGAUGGGGGCGGGGGGGCAGAUUCAGAUUAUCAGUGAGCCCGAGGCGGCGGCCGUGUAUACUUUGAAGGCGAUACAGCCUAAUCACUUGAAGGUUGGGGAUAAUUUUAUUGUUUGUGACGGUGGUGGCGGGACGGUCGACCUCAUCGCCUACAAAAUCGUCUCUCUGAACCCCAUAAAAGUAGAAGAAUCAGCCGUUGGAACCGGCGGGUUGUGCGGUAGCGCCUUUCUCAACUACCGGUUCGAAGAGCAUGUCAAGUCCAGACUCGGACAGAGCAGGUUCGAUGACAUGAAGGCGAAAAAGGGCAAGACAUGGCAGAUGGGGCUGCGGUAUUUCGAGGAGUUUGUCAAGAGGAAUUUCAACGAGGACGAACAUCAGGAGGUCAAUGUGCCGUUUCCCGGCCUCCCCGACGACGAAGAAGCCGGCCUCGACUCGGGCUUCCUCGUCAUGACAGCCGACCAAAUCAAAGAAAUCUUCGACCCCGUCGUCAAAGAAGUCUGCGAACUCGUCCAAGGUCAAGUCGACAACCUCCGCGCGUUGGGGGCGAUCGUCUCGGGCAUCAUCCUCGUCGGUGGCUUCGGACAAAGCGACUACCUCUACCACAAGCUCAAGACUCACUUCACCAGCGCCGCCCCCCCUCCCUAUAGUGAGAGACCCUCCCAGGCCAACAUCGACAUGCGAGAGCGGCCCUCGGUGGAGGUGAUGCAGCCGGUAUACGCCUGGACGGCCGUCGUCCGCGGCGCGGUUUUGCGCGGCUUGGAAGGUAACAUGGUCAUAUCCCGAAAGGCGAGAAUGCACUAUGGCACGUCGUAUGCGACUGUGUACGACGAGGAGAAGCACUCUGUGGCGGAGAGGUACUGGUCGCCGCUGUGGGAGAGGUGGAUGGUCAGUGACAGGAUGCAAUGGCAUAUUGCAAAGGGAGAAGCGCUAUCGCCCAUGCAACCCAUCGCCUUCCACUACACCCGCAACUUUCGCCCGGGGCAGUCGUUGGUCGUCACCGACGACCUCAUCGCCUGCCAGGCUGAUGAGCCGCCCAAGGCUUUUACACGGGAUCUGGUCCACGUCUGCACGCUGACCACGGACCUCAGCGCGGUGCCCAGGCAUUUGUUCACCAGACUGACAACCACACGCGGUGUUGAGUUUGACAAUCUGGAUUUUACCCUCGAGAUGAUCGUCGACAGUGCAGGGCUGGGGUUCGAGCUCAAGGUUGACGGGGUGAGGUAUGGGAGGGUAGAUGCUGAGUUUCACUAGUUGGUCGGUUCUCCUGAUGUUACUGGAGAGUAGGGAAGCAAGGCGUCUGCGGUCAGGUUGUUGGUUUUUCGAUACGGAGUUGGUUGCCCUUGCUUGAACCUGGACGAGGAGAGGGAAGAGAUCAUAUAUAUAUCGCACAGAACAGUCCUGGAACACAGAGUAUGAAUGAACCAGGGGAUGAUGUACUUGAACUGUUCUAGACAGGGAGUAACUAACCAAUUUGCCCAUGCUCUCUUGCAUGUAGUAUCCAGCCCCAGCCACCCCCCUCAUGAAACUGCCUUGGAACAGAAGACUCGACAUCCGUGCUGCCACGCAUAUGAUUGCUCAACGGCAAAAGAAUCACUCAUUAACCAUGCUAUCUUGAGACAGGAAAAACCACAAAAUUUAGCUCGACACAAGCGAGCGAGCUGGGAACGAAGUGGUGAAAACAAUGGGUAAGAAUUGUGUACUGAUUGGGAAACCC